AUUCAUUUACGUCUACAAGCGUAACGUCAAAUUAAUUAUAUCAAUAUUGUCAGAAUCCAAUCAUUACUCAUAUUUUGUCGCUCAUUUACAUUAAAGACGAAGCAAUACGAUUAAAUAUCAUACAAUAUACAAAUUGCAUCGAGUUAGAUAUUCUUCUUCCUGUGUAUUAAGUGAUUUGUGGCGUCACAGCAAAUACGUUUAGUGUUUUAAUUAUGUGAAUACCCUUUCACUGCCUGUGCCUUGUGUUGAAAUAUCAACAAUGAGUCGUUUUACAUCAAAUGGAAUUUUGUACACUUUACCAGCUAACACCUCGAAUGGAACUGACGACGAGGGUUGCAUGCUAUGGAAUCAAACACAGAACGUUAUAAUUACUGGUGCAUACAACGGAAUUCCACAGACCUUGAUACUUAAUGUUAUAUCAUGGAUAUGUUUAAUUUUAUUGUUCACCGUGUUACGUCGCACGGCUUGGAACUACGGGCGUAUGGCUUUAGUGCAACGAUCGAAGAAUCGAUGGACAAAUUUGUUCUACCGCGGGGGUGACGACGACGCCUUAGUCGACCGCCGGAGGAACGACGAGUCUCUCAGUAUCGAUGAGGGCUUCUUUACAUGGCUUCCGGCCGUGUUCCGUCUCACCCGGGAGCAAGUGCUUGCCAAGUGUGGCCCCGAUGCGGUGCAUUACCUCUCUUUUCAGAGACAUUCAAUAACAUUGAUGUUUAUUGUCACUUUAGUGUCCAUUGGUAUCAUUUUACCAAUAAACUUUCAAGGAACAAAUUUACAAGUGGAUGCAAGCACCUUCAGUAGGACCACUCUGUCCAAUUUAAACGGUAGAUCUUAUUGGCUAUGGGUUCAUACCCUGAUAAGUAUCUCAUUUUUGCCUAUAUCAGUGUUGAUUAUGAGGAGGUGUACUGGGAGAAAACCUGCUCCAACCUGCAUGACUGGAACGAUAAUGAUAACGAAUAUAUCAAGGGCUGAUAGGAAUGAAGCAACAAUUAGAGCUUAUUUUUCCCAUAAUUUUCCACACAUACAGAUUGUGGAUCUGAGACUAGCGUUUAAUGUUAACAAGCUUAUUGAUGUGCAAGAGAGAAAGGAAAUGGUGACAGAAGCUUUACUCUAUACAGACACAUAUUUUAAGAAGACUGGGAAGCGUAUAAUGGUGCGGCCACAGCUGUUUGGACCUGAAGUGGAUGCUCUUGAGUUCUAUACAAAUGAAGAGAAACGGUUGAAAGACGAAGCCAAGAGAUGCCGGGCGAUUGUUCUCAAUGAUCCGCUAGGUAUUGCCUUUUUAACUUUACCCUCAUACCAAUUAGCAGAACAUGUUAUUAACCAUUUCAGCCUACACCGUGGAUGGGUCCUAUCACAUGCCACUAACCCCUCUGAUAUAAUCUGGGAAAACCUUAGCGUCCAACCAGGGGUAUGGUAUGUCAAGGCCAUCAUAGUUAACUUUUGUCUAUUCAUUGUUCUCUUCUUUUUAACUACACCAGCAAUCAUAGUCAAUUUGGUUAACAAUAUAAUUGUAAAACCAGAAACCGUUAACAGGAUAACCAGCUUGAUGUUUGAUUUUCUGCCUACUCUACUACUCUGGACGAUGGCGGCGGUGAUGCCGGCCAUUGUUUCGUUUUCUGACAAAUUUUUGUCACAUUGGACUAAGUCGCAACAGAACUAUUCGAUUAUGACGAAAACAGUAACUUUUCUCCUUCUCAUGACCUUGAUAUUGCCAUCUUUGGGACUGGCUAGCGCUGACGCGUUCGUCGGUUGGACGUUGCAUCACGAGAAUGACACGAUGCGAUGGGACUGCGUGUUUUUGCCCGAUAAGGGCGCCUUCUUUGUGAAUUACGUCAUAACCUCUGGGUUCAUCGGUACGUCCCUUGAACUGAUACGCUUCCCCGAGCUUUUCCUAUAUGUGUGGUAUCUCUUGCAAUCAAAAUCUAAAGCGGAAAAAAGUUACGUAAAGAAGGCGAUUCUUUAUGAAUUUCCCUUCGGUGUGCAUUACGCUUGGAGUUUAGCAAUCUUUUCCAUUACCAUGGUGUACAGUCUUGCGUGUCCGUUGAUUGCUCCAUUCGGGCUCAUUUACUUUAUCUUUAAGCAUAUCGGGGAUAAGCACAACUUGUACUUCGCGUACGGGCCGAGCGACAUGAGCGGGGUUGGGGGAGGCCGUAUACACUCUACGGCUGUACGGCUAAUCCGAGUAUCCGUAUUACUUUUGCUCAUCAAUAUGGCUGCGUGGGCCGGUUUACGUGCUGGCUUCGAAGCGAGAACGAUCAUUUUAAUAAUGGCCUCUAUUGUUGCGUUUGGUACAUUUUUGUUGCUCAGCCCAUUCCCCAGCUGUACUCCGCCUGCUCCUCUGCAGGAGGAGUCAAGUGUGAGGCCACAGGAGUACACGGCCCCGGUUCUGUUGCGGCCGGUAGACUCGACUCCUGUCUCCACGCCCUCGACACCGGAUUAUGGUGCAUCAUCACCCGUAGUCAAUAUUGCCUAUAACCCAGAGCCUAUAAAUAUAUAAAUGUUUUUAAAAGUAUUCG